UGACGAUGUAGAACUUUUGAGCGGGAAAGAAGUGAAAAAGAGAAAACGGUCUCGUUCAAAGUACCAAUGCUCACCAUAUGUUGAACCGAUUGUCUCAAUUCUGCCUGCUCUGUUUCACCCAACUGUUGCAGAUAUUGCAUCGCUGAAGGCAUGGAUAGAAGAAGCUGACAAUGUUGAACCGUCAACGGUUGUUCUGAAUCUGCCAUCAUGUGAUGAAGUGGACAGGGACUUUUUCCGUAAGCUUGUUGAACCAGACGAGACAUUAUGGUCCUAUCAUAUGGAUGCUCUUUCGUACCUGGUUCUAAAAGAUUGUAAGUCGGAGAAGCCGUAUAAGCUAAUGAAUCCUUACUUUACGCAUCAAGUCUUGAGUAAGGAUGACAAGGAUGAGGACGUAUGGUUUGCUGAUAGGUGUCUACCAAGUGUUGACUGGAGAGGGUUGGAAAAAGUGUUCGUACCGCUAAAUGUUGUAGGUAUGCAUUGGGUUUUAGCGGAAAUUGACCUUCAAUCAAAAGUGGUGCGUGUGUAUGACUCAAUGAAAACAAGUAGGUCAAGGUUGCAUGCCUCAAAGUUAUGCGUGAGACUUCCGCUCCUCUUCCGAGUCAUACAAGUCCACCCAGAUGUGCGUGAGGCAAAGCAAUGGAAUGCUGAGGCAGUGGCAGAUGUACCGCAACAGGAGGGAGGAACUGUUUGUGGACUCAUGGUAAUUUGUUAUACGGAGGCACUGAUGUUGGGACUACCCUUGAGCCCACAUUGCGAGUAUGCGAACGUGGCCAGAAAGAGAUGGCACUUUGCCCUGCGACUUUGGAAUUUGAGGAAGAC